CGUGCCUGUCAGAGUAGCUGGCGGCAGUGGCGGCUCUCGGGGCUGGGUUGUCAGUCAGUGAGCGGAGGGGGAAGAUGGCUCGCUGGGACCCAUUCUGCUAGGAGGAAGGGGGGAAGGUGGUGCUGCUUACCCGGGAGAAAGCGGAGCAGCCUUCGUCGCUGUCGCUGCGAGCCAGACAAGUCGAGGUUCUGGAGGUGGAGCUUGAGGAGCCGCUCUGGUUGAAGGUUUAGAACAGAUGUGGAAAGAUGUUUACUUCAGAGAAAGGGGUUGUGGAGGAAUGGCUGUCAGAGUUUAAGACACUACCAGAAACAUCUUUACCAAGUUAUGCUACAAAUUUGAAAGACAAGAGUUCUUUAGUUUCAUCUCUCUAUAAAGUUAUCCAGGAGCCACAAAGUGAGUUGCUAGAACCUGUCUGUCACCAGCUCUUUGAAUUCUAUCGCAGUGGAGAGGAGCAGUUGCUUCGAUUUACCUUGCAGUUUCUUCCAGAACUGAUUUGGUGCUACCUUGCCGUCUCAGCCAGCAGAAAUGUGCAUAGCAGUGGAUGCAUUGAAGCUCUUCUUCUAGGGGUUUAUAAUUUGGAAAUAGUUGACAAACAGGGACAUAGCAAAGUAUUGAGCUUUACGAUUCCAUCUUUAUCCAAACCAUCUGUAUAUCACGAACCUUCCAGCAUUGGGUCCAUGGCUCUGACUGAGAGCGCUCUAUCCCAGCAUGGUUUGUCAAAAGUUGUGUACAGCGGACCUCACCCCCAAAGGGAGAUGCUGACAGCACAGAAUAGGUUUGAGGUGUUGACAUUCCUUUUGUUGUGUUACAAUGCUGCCUUAACCUAUAUGCCCAGUGUUUCUCUUCAAUCGCUGUGUCAGAUUUGUUCAAGAAUCUGUGUUUGUGGAUAUCCUCGACAACAUGUAAGAAAAUACAAAGGUAUAAGUAGCAGGGUACCAGUUUCUUCAGGAUUCAUGGUGCAGAUGUUAACAGGGAUUUAUUUUGCCUUUUAUAAUGGAGAAUGGGAUCUUGCUCAAAAAGCAUUGGAUGAUAUCAUAUACAGAGCUCAGCUAGAAUUAUAUCCAGAGCCAUUGCUGGUUGCUAAUGCAAUACAGGCUUCAUUGCCUCAUGGUGCCAUGAAAUCUAGUAAGGAGGGUACAAGGUGUAUUCAAGUUGAAAUUACACCAACUUCCUCUAGAAUAUCAAGAAAUGCAGUAACCAGCAUGUCAAUUAGAGGUCAUAGGUGGAAAAGACACGAGCAACCUGACAGCAAUAAUGAUACUACUGAACUGGGCAUCCUUGUCAUUCCUGAGAUUAGUGUCACAAAUGUGGCCGGAGAGAGAACCGGGAAUGGGGAAAAAGGCAGAACACUAGGAGAGAUUGAUGCUCAGCAUUUACAGGGUGUACAGGAGACAGCCACAGAUCCUAGAACUGAGAGCAAAGGCUUGCCAGAGAUCAGGAGGCAAAAAUCUGUAAGAAAAAUGAUGGAGGAUGGAAUAAGCUCACCUGGCAGAGUGCAGUUUUAGCACAGCACUUUAUAGCUGCACUCCAAGGAAAUACAGAAUUAACAGGUCAAGAAGAACUGAUGGAGAUAUCUGAAGUUGACGAGGGAUUUUAUUCCAGGGCUGCAUCUAGUACCAGCCAGUCGGGUUUAUCAAAUAGUAGUCAAAAUUGUAGUAACAAGACAAGUGUAGGAAAGACUCAGAGACGGUCAGGAGGAAGCAAAACUGGAGGAAAAGAGAAAGAAACUUCAGGGGAGUCUUGCAAAGAUCACUUUGCUCGAAAACAAACUCAGAGAGCCCAAAGUGAGAAUCUCGAGCUUCUCUCCUUGAAGAGACUUACAUUAACAACCAGCCAGUCCCUGCCUAAACCUAGUAGCCAUGGUUUGGCUAAAACCGCCGCGACUGUAUUUAGUAAGUCCUUUGAACAAGUCAGUGGUGUCACAGUCCCACAUAACCCAUCUUCUGCUGUUGGCUGUGGGGCUGGGGCAGAUUCCAAUAGGUUUUCUGCUUGUAGUCUCCAAGAAGAAAAGCUUAUUUACGUUUCUGAGAGGACUGAACUUCCAAUGAAGCAUCAAGCAGGUCAUCAGAGACCUCCUAGUAUUAGCAUUACUCUGUCCACAGAUUAAUUUGUAAUCGUUUUCUCAUGUAACCAGUGAAUCUGGAAAUAUGACUUUGCUUCUUUAUCAAAGUGCCCAGGGUCUUUCAUCCCUGUUCCUGACAAGAGCACUGCUGUCUUAAAUUCUGCUACCUUGACUUUAUGAAGUGAAUAAUGUCUAGAUUGCAGUAAGUUGACAUAUGGUUUUGUUAUAUCUUGGUUAUGUUUUUUCCCCUUAGUUUGAGUAUUUUUUUUUCCUUCUUCUUUUUUGUUUUUGUUGUACUAAAAUUGUCAGUGUGAUAACACAUUUUGGCAGGUUGUCUGAUCAGAUUGGUUACAUCUCAUGUGGGGUUGUGAGUCUUUUUUUUUUUUAAUAACUGCUAUUUUGGAAGCUGUAUGUUUGGCCUUCAGUGUAAAAGGGGAGCUCCAUGUAUGGGAACUAUUUUUUAAGGAUGAGGCUGAACUGCAACUCUAGGAAUUCUAUGAAAAACAGGCUUGUGAAAAAAACAGAAUUGAUAUGUAUGACAAGUGCCCUAUAAAAAUGUUUGUAAUCGGAUCGCCUUUAAGAUUAGUAGGGCAGUUUGUAUAAACCACUGGAAAAUACCUGGGAACUCAGUAGUACCCUGAAUUAUUAUAUGAUUCCAGGGAUGUGAAGAGGGAUUUCUGUUGUUAUAUUUGGAACAUUUUUUCUAUAAAAAAAUCAGAUUGCUAGUAGAUGUGUUGUUUUGAAGCAUUUGAUCUGGAUUUAGCAGGUGAAAAUCCCUUUCUUUUUCUUUUCUUUUUUUCUUUUUUUAGCCAUGCCUCUGGCAGGCUGAAGUUCCUGGGCCAGGGUCCAACCCAAACCAUAGCAGUAACCUUAGCCACAGCAGUGAUAAUACCAGAUCCUUAAGUGCUAGGCCACCAGGGAGCUCCUGAAAAUCCCCUUCAGUUCCCAAGAUGUACUAAGCCAUAAAGCUGACUUACCUUGCUGCUGGACUUCAGAAAUUCUACUUAGUUUGGAUUCCCGUAAUUCAGAGCACACAUCAUUGGAGACUUCCUGGAAAUCACUCUAAAUUUUACAACCUAGCUCUCAAGACGCCAUUGUUCACCAUGUAACACUGAAUUGUUUGUCUACAAAUGAAGGAAAUUAGGUAAAUUUUUCAUGUAUAAAAUAUCAUUGAAAAAAGAUUAAAAUAGUGACUUAGGACAAAGGACAUUUAUAUAUUUUAACUAAUUUAGGGCUAUUUAUGUUUGUUUUUAAAGUUCAAGCUAUAAAAUAUGAAAAAUAUUAAAUGUGUUUCUUGUUGUUGAACAAGCCUAUGUUAAAUGUUUUUGUUAUGAUAGAGUAAAAAGACAAUAUGACAGAAGUUAAACAAACUUGUAUGAAGCUACAGAGAAAAUCACAUGAUCUCCAGAUGGAUGUGAAAGUGGGUUGUUUGCUGGUGGUGGUGAUUUCAGCUAUGGUUGAGGUUCCUUGUAAAUCAGGUAUACUUAAGUAAUAAUUUAGGGUAAGAGAGUAUAGUGUUGAGGAUAAGAGUAAGUUGACUGGGGAGGAAGACCCAGGGAGUUGUUGCCUUGUUAGUGGUUAGUUUAUAGUGGUUUCCUUUUUCACAGUCCUUAGGUGUGGUCAAACACAGAAAAUGCUGGUUUUCCUCUUAUACUUAUGCAGAGCUCAAAUGUGUGAAAAAUUUGCAUUUCUUUAAGACUGCUAAAGCAUUCACACUAUGAAUGCUUUUUUUUUUUUUUUUUUUUUUUUUUUUUGGUGCGUGUGUGUGUGUGUGUGUCUCUUUAGGGCCACACUGCGACAUAUGGAGUUCCCAGGCUAGGGGUCGAAUUGAAGCUGCAGCUGCCAGCCUAGACCACAGCCACAGCAAUGUGGGAUCUGAGCCUCGUCUGCAACCCACACCACAGCUCAUGGCAAUGCCAAAUCCUUAACCCACUGAGCGAGGCCAGGGAUUGAACCCACAUCCUAAUGGAUACUAGUUGGGUUUGUUAACCACUGAGCAAUGAAGGGAACGCCAUUAAUGCAGGUUUGAUUAACUGCUUAGGCUCUUUUUUUCUUUUAACAGCCACAGCAUGUGGACGUUACCAGGCCAGGUAUUGAAUCCGAGCCAUAGCUGUGACCUACGCCACAGCUGUGGCAGUGGCUUUGAUCAUUUUAAAUCUAAUUCUUUGAAAAGGAUGAACUGGUUUUCAUUUGUUUACCCUGAACAAAAGAUGGUUUUUAACCUAAAUGGAUUUGAUUUUUUUAGUUCCAGUGAUAAUAAUGGAAUUAGAUCUAUUGGUGUACAUUGUAUUUUUUUUAAAAAAAGAAGGCAACCAGACAGUGAAAGUUGAUAAAGUAUUAAUUUAAUAGGAACUUAAAAUAUGUGUACAAUUUAAAAUAUUUGUAAAAUGUCACUGUGAAUUUCCUAUUGUCUUUUUGUAAUUCUUUAAUAUAGAAUUUCCUCUAGGUGUAGUUACUAACAAUAUUAAUAGUCUUUAGACCUAAUUUAAAAGAUUGCCAUUGUAAACGAGUUAAGGUGCUUAGGAAACACUGUAGAAUAAGUUUAAGGAAACAUUAGCCAUUGGCUGGCACAAAAGAGAGAUCAGUUUUAAUGUUCAGCUCUGGUAAUGGAACCUCAUUUGGGUAUUAUUCUAUAUCAUUGCUAUUCUAGAUUAUUGUGAUCUGAGGACAAGUGAGGAACUUUGGCAUCACCUAACAUCUUGUUAAAAAUGCAAAAUAUCAAAGGCACCUUAGAUCUAUUGAAUCAUAAUAUGCGUUUUAAUAAGAUAGAAAGUGAUUAUUAUGCACCUUUUGGAGAAGUCAGUGUCAAAGUGCAAAUAUAUCACUUACCUAAUAUUUAGAAUUCUGAGUGGUCUCACAACCCUAGAUCAAAUAUGUUAGAUACUAGAUCAUUAUAACCUUUAUUGUUUUUAACAGUUAAUUAAUUUUUAAUAGUGUCAAUUGACUUAUCUUCUAAUCCUGCAUCUUUAAUGAUUCUCAUUUAUUUUUACAAUAAAAAUGUAACACUGUGUUUUUUUUUAUAUACUGGAAAUGGAAUCAGAGCCUUAGAUGCCUACUGUUUUAAGUGUGAAAGGGAUACCAACCUUUUAUACAUUGCACAACAAAUCCGCAUGUGGUUAUUCUUUUAAAACCCUGAAUGCUUACUCAAAGGAGUGGUUCUGAAUUUUUACUCUAGGUAACUUGCAGCAGUUGAUUUUUCUGAACUGUGGAGUUAACAGUAAAUUUUCUUUGUAGUUCCUUUGAUACUAUUUCAAAUAAGGAUUAUACAUUUGAAAAUUUAUAUUGCAGUUAUAAAUAUUGGGUAAUACUAACUAUGGUAAUGAUUGUAAUUAUCCCUAUUAUUCUUGUCCCACUCAUUUUCUAAAUUUGGAAGCUGGGGUGGCUUUUGUAGGUCAUUGUCUCAUGAAGAUGUAGAUACGACCAUUCGGUCACGGACCUCCUAUAUAACCAGAGUUAACCUAUAUAACCUUUGUAACCUGUAUAACCUCUUAUCUCAAGAAGGAUUCUGCACAAAAUUGUGACCUUGUACUUUAUAACUCAGAAGAUCUGAACAGACAUUGUAGUCCCAGUCCACGUUUUUAACCUCUAGAGAUUCUAAAUUACCCAACUUCUCAUUCUUCAAAUAAUCCACUACCUGGAAUAUUCUAAUGAAGCUGAGCCCUGACAUUUUUGCCUUUUGGAAUCCAAGUGGGAUGAGAAAGUCUUUUCAGGGGAAUGUUCCAGGGUGAGUGAUCACCCUGGAAUCCCUUGUAUAUCACCAUGGAAUUUUUAAAGGGAGCUCUGUAGCUUUGAAGAGUAGAAAUUCUCAGUCCUUAAAUGGUUUCAGUUUGUUUUGAAAAAUUAGUAUUUCAGGAAUUUCUGUUGUGGUUAAGAACCCGACUAGUAUCCAUGAGGAUGCGAGUUCGCUCCCUGGCCUUGCAUGGUGGAUUAAGGAUCUGGUGUUGCCACAAGCUUCAGCAUAGGUUGCAGGUGUGGCUCGGAUCUGCUGUUGCUAUGGCUGUGGCGUAGGCCUGCAGCUACAGCUCUGACUAGACUCCUAGCCAGGGAACUUCCAUAUGCCCAUGGGUGCGACCCUAAAAAGGAAAAAAAAUUACUGUUUCAUUGCCCUUUUCAAUUUUGAAGUAACUGCUGAGCAAACAUUACUUAUUUAAAAACUAAAAGUUGAAAUAAAGAGAAAUAAAAAUUUUAAACCAAAAUAGUGAUUUGGGGGGGGGGGGCACACCCAUAGCAUCCAGAAGUUUCCAGGCCAGGGACUGAUUCGGUACCACAGCAGCAACCACAGCCAUAGGAGUGACAAUGCCAGAUUCCCCCAACCUGCUGAGCCACCAGGGAACUCCACAAUAAUCCCAUUUUUAGGAGAUUUUGCUGAUCUUGGAAGAAUAAAAUUAAAGUGUUGAAACCCUUAAAAAGAAAAAAUAACUCUGAGACUUAAUUUUUCACACAUAUUUAAUAUAAGGCUAUUUAAUAUUUUAGUCUGUAGGCAAAACAAAUCUAUAUUAAAGGGAAGCACAUCAAGGAAAUAUAUAUGUUAACUAAUGUAACUGAAAAAAAAAUUUAAGCCAUUUAAAAAAAGAAUAAUUUGAUGGGUACUUAAAUUAGUUAAGCGUUGUAGAUAGAAAUUAAUGUAGAAUAGUAUCUUCAUAGUCUUUGGAUGAAAAAUAACUCUCUAGUCCUUUAAUUAGCAUGAAUUUAUACUUUUAGAUUAAUUGCUUAGUAAAAUUAUACUUAGUACAUUGAAUUAUUCAUGUUUAUGUUUAAUACUCUUAAAUACUUCAUCAGAGAAUGUAAAUAUUUUGUCUUCUGUAUUUUGUAACUUGUGCAUAUCUAAAGAGAAUAUCAGUGAACAUCUUAAAGAUGUCUGUGUUUUUUUAUAGUAGAGUUUUAGAAUACUUAUGUCUUGAUAAGAUGUUUCUACUAGUAAACACAAGACCCUAUUUCACAUACUGUUACUUUCUAUUAUGUGGAGUUUAUUGUCUACCUUUUAUCUUUACUUCUAAUCAUAUAGUGAUACUUAUCUUUUUAUAGUAAACAUACUUGUUUCUAAUUGUUUUCCUAGAGUUUACAUUCCUAAAGAAUAAAUUAUGACUGGGUAUUUUUAUGUGCUCUCUACCUUUUUAAGGCUAUGGAAAUAAACUGGAGUUUAGUUUUUUGAAGUUUUGUAUAUUUGUGUAAAUGUUCUUCAUAUGCAAUACUUUAUACAACAGUGUUGUCUCUUGUUUUAUUGAAAUAAAAACUGAAAAAAAA